CUAAAAUAUUCUUCCGUCUUAUUUUUUAAAAUUAAUUAUCUGAUAAUAUUAGUCAGGUAAAAGUACCAAUUCAACAUCCAAAAUGUCGGGCAAACCAAACUACAAAAGUCAAGAUCUCUUCUAUAAAGUGCUACCAUGCAAAAAAGAUGUGGGGAGAGUCAUGAAAACAUCUUUGGAACCGGAAAGGAACACAUUCGAGGAGAUGCGUCCAUCUUUAGGCUAUGCCAUUGAUUACAAUAUAUCUCAGACUUACUGCAAGUUCGACGCCGGAAACAAAAAAAUUUCUUUUCGUCAGACGCAAGCCACUUAUGUUACACCAAAGAAGAACACAACCACUAUGAAAAAACGAUAUUUUCACGGUCGGCCGCCGUUUUUCGAAUACUUGGACGAAGUCAGAGACAGAAAGUUUGAAAAGGAGCAGAAAAAACAAGUUGAAAUGUUAAAUAUAGCAAAGCGAAAUGCAAAAAUUCAGUACCACCAACUUCAUAAGUCUAAACAUGCAUGUUUGCAACAACUUUGCGGCCCCGAGUGGUUUCAAGAGUUAUCACCUGCUCAAAUGGAAGCAAUUGAGAAAUUAAAAAUAUGCAUCGACACGGAUUUGUUUUGUGAUACUAUUGUUAGAUGUCAAGAGGUGAUUUCUAAAUUAGGUUUAGUUUUAAGACCUAAUCCCAGACACAUUAAAAAUGCAUUGCUUCGUUGUGGUGGCAGCCCCGAAGAGUUUUUAUUGCAGCUGUAUAGUUUAAUAAAUCCUAAAAGAACUGGUUAUUCUAUAAAUGAUAGAUUGUUGAUAUCUUCUGUUGUUCAUCUAUCAAUGGAAAACACGUUGAGAGAACUUCAUGUCAGAAUUCCUUCACCUCCAAAAGAAACACCCGCUAACAAAUCAAAAAAGAAAGAGGUAAAACCUCAAAAGAAAAAGUCGAAACCGAUAUCACCUUAUUUAGAACAAGUUGUUUUUAAACCUCACAAAAAGAAAAAAUGUGCUUUCACACGGAUUUAUCGACCUAAUAUACCAUAUUUUAGUUAUAUUCCAAGAAUGCGAUAUGAAAUAAAGCAUAAUAAUGGAUAUAAUUACAUAGAUACGGAUCUUAUACCAGAUCCAAAGGAAGCAGAGAUUAUCCAAGAAACUAUUGCGGCUCAGCAACUUUAUAACGAGAAGACCAAUUCUAAUAAGGUUUAUUUGCUAAAACCUUCUUACAUGUCUGAUCCUUUUUUUCUGGAAUCAAUUACUAAUGCAUCCCAAGACGAACCUCCUGUGAAAGAGAAAAAGAAAAAUGUCACUAGAGUAUCUCAUGAUGAUUCUACUGUUAGAGAAAAAAAGAAAAAUCCUGAUGACAGUACCAAACCUCGUAAAAAGGGGAAUUCAGGUACAACCACAAAACCCCCGACGGCAAAAAGGAAGAAAUCAACAAAAAAUAGUGUUAGUAGAAAGUCUGAAGCGAUCGAUGAGGAGAUACAAUUUGAUUUUUGUGAUAAAAUCAGCGUAAAAAGUACAUGUGAAGUUAAAUGUAUGGAAUGCAUAGGUUUGUCUAAGGAAGAAGGAACUGUCAGCAUGUGUGUGACAGGCAAUCCCAAGUUGCCCCCAGCGACACUGCAAAUUCCGGACUCGUGUGAUUGUUACGUACCGAACACAUUAGCUACGCCAAUAAUGGGUGGGUGUAAAAUGACUCCAAGUGGGCACAUGAUACCUUUUAUACAAGGAAUUCGGCAAAACAAAUGCGAAUGUCUAGAACAUUUUUACGAACAGCUUAAAGUAUGCGAAGAGGAAAAAAGUUUUACCAAAGCAAAAAUGGAGCUUAAGAAGUUACCAAAUAAAUAUCAAAUUCAAGGAGUCGUAUGUACUCCAGAUGGUCCUGUAUUUAUUUUAGGUGGGAUUGUCUCUGGCUUGAGUUACGGGCCACCCGGAGCAACUUUGGAUUAUUAUCGCAAGGAGUUAGUUAAUUUCGAUAUCAAUGAUUUAGGAAAUAUGCCAAAUGCUACAGAGACUAAAGUUUCAAAAUGUAAAAUUCGUGAGAAACCCAAUGAGUGCGAGUGUAAAAAGAAAAGCGAAAAAUUUAUAAAGAAACAAUGCAGGUGUGAAAAAUGCAAAGUCAUAGAUAGGCGCAACAAUCCCUUUUUUAUUUCUGGCGGAUCAGUAGAAACAGAACAAGGUUUAGUUCCUAUAAUUGGUGGAAUUUGCAUAAGAACAUGCGAUUGUUUACAAAAGUACCUGGACAAUAUUAGAAAAUUUGAGUAUCGGAAAAUUAUAAAAGAAGGGAAAAAAAAACUGAAAGAAAAUAUUGGUGUUAGACCCAUCAUUCAGGGUGUUACUAUAACACCCGACGGUCCCGUAUAUAAUAUUGGGGGUAUGAAACAGAAGAGCAGCUGUAAAUGUCUUGAAGUGUACCUUGACAAAAUAGAAGAGAUGAAUAAAAGGAUACCAAAUUACGUAGACGAUGAUUACUUCACUUUAUUAGAAAACCCACCUGAGAAAGCAAAAAUUUGCUCAAAAGAAUGCAGAAUAUGUAAACAACAUUAUGAAAAAUUCAUUAGCAAACAAUGUCGUUGUCAGAAAUGUGAGACUGAACGCCGAUUACAAGACGGAACGUUUGUAAUUGCCGGAUCGCAAGUUGAUCCUUAUGGAACGCUGACCAAUGUUAUCGGCGGCGUGCAAUUGCCAACUUGCAGUUGUUUAAAAGAUUAUCAAGAUAGACUUCACGACUACGAAUGUGGGUUACUGACACGGGAUAAAAUGAAACAAUUAAAAAAACAAAACAUGAUAAUUGGGGGAGUUACACAAGGAAAAGAUAGUCCAGAGUAUAUAAUAUCUGGUCUCUUCGCUGGAGACGGACGUAAUCCAUACAUAGAAGAUGAUAAAGAAUUUAUCAUCUCACCGGAAGAUAAAGAAAUUAUGGAGGUAUGUAAGUGUCGACCCCAUUUAGAAAAAUAUUUUUCGAUGAAGUGUCGCUGCGAAAAAUGUAAGGAAGAACGACGAAAAGAAAAUGAGAUUAAAGCAUAUCGACUUAAACAAAAAGAAAUGUCUUCUGUCCAAAACACUACUGAGGAAACAACGAAUGAAUUUGGAGAUUAUGAUCCCGAUAAUUAUCAGAAUGAUUAUCAAAGUCCUAUUUAUUCUGACUAUGACACUGGCUAUGACUAUAAUUAUGGUUAUGGACAAGAAACUGAGUUAAUUGAAGAACCUAUCCAAGAAGUAGAUUCGGAUGUGUACGGCGAAACUAAGUGCCAAUGUCUAAAAAUGUACACAGAAAAGUUAAAAUUCUACGAAGAUUAUAAAAAAAGAAUUGCUGCUGUGGUUAGAUUAAAAUCCAAAAGUAAUAAGUAUAUUGUUGGAGGUGUUGUGAACUCCCCGGAUGGACCCGUUUAUCUAAUAUCUGGCGUCCGGCAGGAACCGGACUGCAAAUGUGCUGCUAUGAUAAAAAAACAAUUGGAGGAAGAACACAUGAUGGCUAUGAUGCCACAGCCUCCAAAGGGGCGAGUUACGUACCACAUUUGUGGAGUAAAAGAGACCGACCAGGGCAAUGUUUUUAUUUUGUCCAAUGCCAAAUACAUAGAAGAAUGCCCAUGUAUGGAUAUGUUUAGGCGAUUCGAAAAUGCUCACGCUUUUUGCACGGAUUUUUAUACCAAUUAUUUGACGCAAAUGUUGAAUUACAUCAAUGAAUAUUUACUAGAGUUGGACAAACAGAAGGAGAUUUUCCGCGAGGAAAAAGAACUGGAAAACAUUGAGAAAAAGCAACAAAGUAUUAGGAAUUUUAUUGAGGAAACCAAAAAGUUAAUAAGAGAUAAUGAGUUGUUUAUGGAUGAUCCUAUUGUUCCAACUUUAAAAUUUGAAGUAAAUCCUGAUACGUUAUAUCAUUGUAAACAAGAUGAAAGGUCCAAUGAAGAACAUGAAGGGGAAGAAGAUCAGGGACCAGAAGAUCAACCAUUUGAAGAACCUCCUGAGGAUAAACCUCAAAAUCCUUCCAAUCAUUCUCAAGAAAACGAUGUUAUACCACCAGAUUCUUCUAAUGAGAAACCUGUGCUUCCUAAAAAGCAAUCUAAAAGGACUAAACCUCGAAUCAAAGGAGUAGCAUCUAAGCCAAAGAAAGAGGAAGUGAUAAGUGCACCAGAACCUAUAGACAUUUCCGAUGUUGAAAUUAAAAGAUUUUUUAUUAUUAAAAAGUUUCCCAAAUCGUAUUCUAAGCAAGAGAAUCUGCUUAAGGCUGCCUUAUUAAGCUUGCAAGAAGAUGGAUUUCAUAUAGCUAAACUUCCUGAUUGUCAUAAGUUACCCCAUUUCAAGAUUUGGUUGCAAAUGAGAAGCGGUGUGACCUGGACAUCUAAAGAUAUAAUUAAAUUUUGGAAUGUGUCUAAAGAUUUAACAAACCUUCAUAUUGCAAAGUGUUAUGCCAGAGUCGAAAUGGAAAACCCAUUAACGGUUGAACAAAUGCGACGGGCCACAUGGGCUGAUUCAGAUUACUACAAAGCGUUGAUUGACAAGACUAGAUUCGACUUUUAUCGUAAAAUCAAGCAGAGUCUGAUAGAAAAUUCAAGAGAAUUCUUCCCUUCUUUGUUUUUGUACCAAUUUUAUUCAGAAAGAAUACGUAAUGCAUUUUUUUCAUUGUCGCCGUCGAAAGAAGAGGAAAUUUAUCCAUUUAAAAUUAUCCGUCCGCAUGAAUUAAAGUUAAAAAAAUAACUUCUAAAGUAUAUUUCUUUAUUUCUGUAAUUAGAAAAAUUUUAGUUGGUUUAUUAAUUUUAUUAAUAAAAUUUUAUUAAUAACA